AUGCAGCGUCUGCGAAAUAUCAGUUUAACAGUUCUUCUAAAUGGAUGCGAUGGACUAGCUACAGGCUGGUCAACGAGUGUCCUCUCAUAUCGACCAAAUGCUAUCAUUGACAAUGUUCGUCGUCGGAUUGUAGGGAAAGAACUCGAGAAGAUGAAUGCCACUCUCUUGAAAGAAGUGCAACAGAAGCUUUACGAGUACGGUCAUGGAUACAUUGUUGUUGGAGAUCCGUACAGCACCUCAGCCACCAGCAAAGUCACCACCGCUCUCGCUAUUCAGGCGUUCAACCGAAACACGUCAAUUCGCAAGAAAUUGCUAUUAGCUAUCGUCUACAUUGCUCUGUUGCUCGAUUAUUCAUUGCUGACUUCUGUUGAGCCAAUCUUGCCGAGCUUUUUCCUACAAAUCGACAGUUCUAACACCACUUUAGUGCCUACAGAUCAGCCACAAGCCAGACAGGCACAAAUUGAGAGUGAAAACAUGAGGCUUGGGUUUUUAGUGGGCGCAAAAUGUUUAGUGCAAGUCGUCACUCAACCAUUUAUCGGACCAGCAACAACAAGAAUUGGUUUCUCGAUUCCAUUAUUCUUUGGGUUUGUCGUGAUGAUUUUGUCUACAAUUUUGUUUGCUUUCGGACAAAGUUAUGGGAUUCUUUUCGCGGCGAGGGCCGUUCAAGGGAUUGGCUCGGCCUGCGCGGCGACUGCUGGCAUGGGAAUGCUAGCUCAACAAUAUUCUGAUGACAAGGAACGAUCCCGUUAUAUGGGAAUAGCGAUGGGUGGAAUGGCGUUAGGCUUACUCGUCGGUCCUCCAUACGGUGGUGCAAUGUACGAUAUUUUCCAUGGGAAAGAAGCUUGCUUUUUGAUUUUGGCUGGAUUGGGAGUGAUUGGAGCAGGACUCCAACUCUUGGUUCUUCCACCAAAACUUCAAUUCCAAGAGCAAGUCAGCGAUAGCACAUCACUUCGUCGAUUGCUUAUGGAUCCACGAAUUGUCAUUGCUGCAGCAUCGAUUGUUGUCGGCAAUUUGGGAUUGGGUGUGCUCAUUCCUGGACUUCAACUCUUGAUGGUUGACAAAUGGAACUCGACUGCUUUUCAACUAGGCAUAAUCUUCUUCCCGUGCUCGUUGGCCUAUUUGAUCGGGACGACUUUCGUCCCAGCGUUGGCGCUAAAAUUUGGACGCUGGCGUUGUGUUCUCAUCGCUCUUCCAACGAUCUCAAUUUGUUUGGUCUCGAUUUCAUUAGCGCCCGCAAUGUAUUGGCUUUAUUUACCAAUCACGAUCAUUGGAAUGUGCAUUUCAUUUAUCGACUCAGCCAUGAUCCCACUGCUCGGACAAAUGGCUUAUCUGAAGCACAAGGCGGAAGAACGAUUGACAGAGAUUGGGCAUUUCACAGAAGCUUCACCACUUUUGAGUGCAAGAAAAGAAAGUGAAGUCGAUAGUGAGGAUUCGCAAAUCUCAUCAACUUAUGCAGCAAAUGCUUAUGCGAUCAGUGAUGCUGGUUUGAGUAUCGCCUACUGGGUGGCACCGAUGGCGUCUGGUCCGUUGGUUCAAUGGAUUGGGUUUAAGUGGAUGACUUGGGCAUUCGCUAUUGGAAUCGUCUGUUUCGCUCCGUUGGCGAUUUUCUUGCGAAAUCCAACCGGUUCAUCGAGAAUUCGAGGAGAUUCUAUUUUACCCAAUCGUCAU